AUGGGCGCCCGCUCGCUCAAGGCCACGCUGGCGACUGUGACUGAUACGUUGGUGUCUCUGAGAUCUACACGCGACCAACAUGCGGCCGCCCUCGCUCAGCUGGAGACUCUUGUCGCCUCGCUCGUCCUCGACCCGCAACAUCCCCUCCUCUCCGCCUUCCUCCGCUUCCAGGACUCGUUUGACCGCAAUGUCACCGUGACACUGCUGGAGUGGCUUGGGCGCGAGUUGGCUGGAGGGCAGGACUUCGGCGGCGCUCACUACUCGGAGGGAUGGACGAACAUCGUGCGGUGCCUCAAGCUCGUCCAGGGUCUUCUGCUCCUCCACCGACCCAGCCAACGCCUCUUUGCCCGCAAGAGCAGUCUAGAGUACCUUCUUGCGGUACUCGAUAUAUCACGACCACAUCCCCCAAACUCGCCUCUCCUCUCUUCGCCCAAGCCUGCACCUUCUCCUGUUCUCUUCCCGCCAUCUCCUUUCAGUUCACCAAAUCUCGCAUCCGCCACUGCACCGUCAGUCCUACCGACGACACAGCUCGCUCUUGCAGCCCUCGACACCUUGCUCUGCGCUCUGGUUGACCGACCGAAGAACAUGCGCAAGUUCGAGGAGAACGGGGGUCUGUCGGCUAUUGUCAAGGUGCUCAAGGAUAAGAACGUGCCGCAGGCUGUUCGCAUCAAGGUCGUCGAGCUGCUGUACUACUACCUCCUUCCCGAAGCCAACAACCCUCUCUCGCCUGGACCUCCCUCGCCAGACUCCUCGUUCUCCUCCCUCGCUCGCUCGACUCUCUCAACCCUGUCAUCGCAAGUCCUCGUAGACGCGACCAACCUUCCUACCCUAUUUGCCUCAGCAGCCGAUUUCGUUCCCCAGACGCCUGUCAAGCCGAAGGCCCGGUCGUCGAUGCGAUCAGAAGCGCCCCCGCCCUUCUCGCCGUCCGGCCGGUCCUCCUACUCCGCCUCGUCUCGCGACUCAUCCCCGACGCGCACUCCACGCCGCACAACGCACUCUCGCUCGCAGAGUAUGGCUUCGCUCUCCACCCUGACGGCGACGCCGACUCGAGCAGCACAUCCUCCUGCACCGGGUCACAAGCCUCGACGCUCUCUCGCCGCUUCUUCCUCCUCUUCACGCCUCGACCAGUACUCUCGACCGCCCCGAUCCCCGCGACUCUCUACAACAGCGGAGGACGAAGAGUGUUCUACUCCUCGAUCAAGCCGGGCAGCCCGACUGUCGGAUCCGCCGUCCUUAUCCAGCAACUCCUCCACAGCGCCAUCCCCUCGGCGAUCGAUUCAUCAGCGCGCGCAGUCAACCACAUCACUCUCCUCCUAUCUCCCUCGCUCAUCUUCGUCACGAAAACUCGCAUCUCCCGACCUGGAGCCAACUCCUCGACCACCUCGCAUCCGCUUGUCGAAGGACAGCAACGAUGCCGAUGCGGAAGACAUGCACCCACCUCGCCGCCCUCGUCCCGUCUCGUUCAUCGCGCCUCCGACUCUUGCACCUGCGCCCGAGAGAGAAACCCGCCAUUCUCGGUCCCGCUCUACCGUCGAUCUCGCCUCGUUCGCUGCAACGACUGGCACCUCCUCCUCUUCCGGCUCGACGUCAUCUUCUUCCUCUCGCUCGACGGCUCCGACAUCUGUCGCUUCAUCAGGUCCUUCUCCCGCACUUGACGCCCGACCUCGCCACGUCCGAACGGAGCAGGAGAAGAAGGAGCUUCUGCGGAAGGUUAUGCCGAACGUCGAGGCGCUCGAGGAUAGGUUCCGGGCGAUGGGUCUCGGCUUGAGCUAA